AAUUUCGUCCAUCAAACCACAAAAACAUCAUCUUCUUUCUCUCUUGAUAACACCAGCACCUAACUCACACACACUUGAACGUUGAUCUCUCUCAAAUCUCAAGGAAAGCGAGGGAAUAGUGUUGAGAGAUUCUGAUUCUUUUUAAGAUGAUGGCUUGUGGCUUAAGCAAGAGCCUUGGCUUCUCUUCCUCGUUGAAGAAGCAGCAAGGCAUAGUGACCAUCCUUGGUGGCAGCAGCAUUUCAUCUGCACCUUCACUCAGAAGGACCUUCUCCGCUGACUUGUCCUCCAAGAACUGGCUCUCGCAGAACGAGGUGUCUCCUAUGAAGAGGAUCUCUUCCUCUGAGAAGCUCGGUAACUUUGGUGCUGACCCGUUGAGCUCCCAAGACGAAGAAGGAUCAAGAUCUGGGGUUGAUAUAUGGGCUCAGAUUCAAGAAGACAAGAACAUGAAGAAGGAUGAGACAGAGCCGAGCCAAACCGAUGUAUGGAGUUCGAUUUUAUCGGACAAGAAGAAGAAGACGGACACGGAGACGGUUCCUCCACCGUAUGUUCAUCCUCUGGUGAAACGUGCCAGCUCCUUGAGCGAGAAAAGCCUCGAGAUUUGCACUGAGAGCCUCGGAUCCGAGACUGGUUGCGAAGGUUUCUCCAUGUAUGAGGCUUCCUCAGAGACUGUAGACGCUGAGGAGAAUCUUGUUCUUGACGUGAUAGAGACCAAAGAGGAAGAAGAAACAGAGGUUGGUUUUGAGAUUGAACGUGAAGCAAGAACGGUUCCAGAUCAGACAAGCUGCAUGGAGCUGCCUCGAGGUUCGUUUCCUCCACCGAUUCGUUCUCUCUCGAGCCAGACGGGUUCUGCUCUUCACAUGAAAACUCGCCGUGACAAUGGUCGGCUGGUUCUAGAGGCUGUCUCUGUGCCAUCUCACAACAACUUCUCCGCAAAGCGACAAGACGGACGUCUCCUCCUCACUUUUGCAGAAACUGACAUGGUUAGCGACAAAGAAGAAGAAACUGAUGAGGUUCAGUGGUACGAUGAGGAAGAAGAAGAGCUUGCUUACAAGCUCAAUGGGCCUCUAUAUAAGGUGGCACAGAAGCCUAUUGGGCCUGUUACAGUUCACAGGUUGGCAUGUAAGCCUAUUGGAAUACCAAAGAGAAACUCAAGAUGGCCCGUCACAGAUGAGUCCCAAACCAAAUCCGACCUGUCCAUGCCGGUUGUCCACUCUCUGCCACCGAGGCCAAGGGUGGCUCAGCUAGCUCGGUCAAUGAAACCGCCAUCCACGGUGGACGACACGGUAGGAGCCGCUUGCUUCAACAUAUGUGACUACUCUUGGAAGCCCACUAACAAUGAAAUAUUGGGCCGAAACUCAAAAACUCAAUUUCAAGCCCAAAACUAUGUCCAGAAUUCAGUGAAUGACGGUUGGAUAAACGGUUGCAAGGAACGGAGGAGGUCUCUUUUGUCCGUUGAGCCUUUCUGCAUUGCCACUUCAUAAAUUUAAGACCUUACCAAAAAAGGAGUAAUUUACAGAGGCAUAAGCAUCUAAUGAUUGGUGCAGAAAAAAAAGCAUAUUAUGAUAUAUCAUAUAUAUAUACGAGUAAGUAUACUCGUAUAUAUUCAUGUCAACCAAAUAAUUGUUGUUGCUACUGAUGGUGUUCUGCUUUUUUUUUCAUAUCUAUAUGUUUUACCACUUGCCUUAUUGGUUUGUGGAUUAAAAAUAUAAACAACAAAAUUAAGAAUCAAGAGUUGUUUAGAGACCUUGUUAGAGUAAGAAAUAAUUGAUGAGUGAUGUGUUUUGUACAAACUUUUGUUGUUCCUUAUUUGCUCAAAUAAGACAGAGAUUUCGUUUU